AUGCUGAUUAACAAAAAAUUGACUUGUCGGACUCCGUUGCUUCCCAAACCAGCAGUCAGCGUCAUCCGAAGAAUCCGUAAGCUUUUGCUCUUCUUGUUUCCCCUGUGUUGUUCUCGUUUAUCGUCAUAGAAGUGUCGUCACUUUGUUUCUCAACACUUUUGCACUUUAAGGACUCUCUGGCAUGGCUUCUGGCUCUUCCGUCACCAAUUUUCUCAUUUUUCUUCUGCUGCUCAUCGCCAUCUCCAACUACUUUACUUUCAGCAAAAUUGGUAAGCGCUUUGAGUAGUUUGUUUUGAUUUGAUAUUUAAAGUUGAAUUUCAGAGCGACGAAUGGAAGUUGAAGAACAGGAAAAGGAGCUUGAAACGGUUCAGUAUUCUCCUGAAUCAUCACCGCCUGCACUCCAAGUUCCUGUCUACAGUCGCCAAUCGAAAGAAUUGCGGAAGAAGGCGUUGCUGAGUUCGGAGCAAGAUCGGCUGGAGUUGCUCCGAUCUUCCAAGUCGUUUGAUAACAAGGCGUUUUACGGAAAAGUAAAGCCUGAAGCAUUUUGUGCAAAGAUGGAAAGGAUUGGAGAGAAGGGAGAUGGCGGAAAGUAUGUGUGCAAUCCGGUGGCGGUUAGAAAAGGAAACGAGUGCACGUGAGUGUCUGAUAUCUUUAGACAUUGACCAAUUAUGUACCUAUUUUUCAGAUUGAUCUCUCUGGGUCUUAAUAACCAGAUCGAUUACGACACGCACAUUCAACAAGUGACCGGAGGACAUUGCAAGAUUCUGGGAGCCGACAAGGAUGCGCAAAAUGAAAAGACGCAGAAGGCGUACGCCGAGAUGAAUGGUCAACUUUUUGUGGGAACGAUUCCGAACCAACUGACAAUUCCGAGCAUGCUGGAGAAAGCGGGAAGGAACGAGGUAGAGCUGCUCAAGAUCGACAUCGAAGGGGGAGAGUUCGCGGGAUUGGAACCACUCAUCAAGGACUUCUUUGUCUGUCAGGUACGGUCCUUUUUUUUCCUUUUCCGAAUCGUUUCAAAGUUCCACUUUCCAACUAACUAACUUCAGAUCUUCAUAGAAGUGCACGGACCGUCGGCGAGGCAUCUGAAAAUGCUUCAGGUCAUGGCCAAGUAAGCUGAAAAGAUCCAGACUUGCCAAAUCCCGGGCCGGCCCGGCCAGCAAAUCGUCGGCCCGGAAGUUAGACCUCAAAAAAAAUAUGCAAAAAAAUAUGAAGGAAGAGGAAAGCGCGUGCGGCAAAAUUGCUAAAAUGGCGUGCCAGAGUUGCAAUCAAUCGCUCCGCCCACUCUUGAGAAAAUUUUCGUAAUUUUUGUGAAAAUUUUGCGACUUUAAACAGCAAUUUCUAUUUUUUUUCGAAGUUCUAGUUCGCUUUGAAUUUUUAGGUGCAUCCUCCCGGGCCAGGCCGAAAAAUUUCCAAUUUUGGCCCGGCCCGGCCCGUUGCAAGUCUCAAAAGAUCUUUAGGUUCAAAUUUGCAACUUUUGUUCAGGUACGGAUUCCGAAUCUUCAACGUCGACCCGAAUCCGUUGUGCCCCAGCUGCUGCGAGUACAGCUUGAUCAACGAGCUGUGCAUGCUUCAAUUCGGAGCCGUUCCCCUCGGCAUCACCAUUCCGCAGCCAGAAUCGUCUCAAUAG